AAAAUAUUUUUUCUUCCCAUCAAUGAUUUAUACUUCCCUUGGCAUUUACAGAACCAAGUUUCUCAACUUUACCAAUUAAACCCGCCCACUGCUCUCUCGCUUCUCUAUAUUUCAGGGGGAGAAACAAAUCAAAACAAAGCCAAGUGAAAAAAACAAAGCUGUCGACAAAAAGACUAGAACUAUAAAGAAAAACAAGAGAAAAAUGGCUAGUGGAGGAGGGUAUGGAGACCCAAGCCAGAAGAUUGACUAUGUAUUCAAGGUAGUUUUGAUCGGUGACUCUGCUGUGGGUAAGUCUCAGAUUCUUGCCCGUUUUGCUAGAAACGAAUUUAGUUUAGAUUCCAAGGCCACCAUCGGGGUUGAGUUUCAGACUAGAACUCUUGUUAUUGAACACAAGAGUGUUAAGGCACAGAUCUGGGACACUGCUGGUCAAGAACGAUACAGAGCUGUUACAAGUGCAUACUACAGGGGUGCUGUUGGGGCAAUGCUGGUUUACGAUAUAACGAAACACCAGACCUUCGAUCACAUUCCACGUUGGCUGGAAGAGUUGCGUGGCCAUGCUGACAAGAACAUUGUUAUUAUUCUGAUUGGGAACAAAAGUGACCUUGAAAACCAGCGAGCGGUUCCAACGGAGGAUGCCAAAGAAUUUGCUCAAAAGGAAGGACUGUUUUUCUUGGAGACCUCAGCUCUUGAAGCUACUAAUGUUGAGACUGCCUUCUUAACUGUUCUUACAGAGAUUUUCAGCAUUGUGAACAAGAAGAACCUAGUUGCUGGUGAUAAUCAAGGGAAUGGCAACCCUGCAUCAUUAGCAGGCAAGAAGAUCCUCGUUCCAGGUCCCGCUCAAGAAAUUCCAGCAAAGAGCAACAUGUGCUGUAGAUCAUGAUUGAAUUGGAUUUGUCUCCUAGUGUCAGUUUACUUCUUUUACAUUCUUAAUAGCAAAUUUUGGAGGUGUGGUAUAUCUGUUUGUAUAUUUACAUUGCAUUAGUUUAGUUUCCAAGGGUAGCUAAUUAAUUGCAUGUUUUGAGAUGGGAAAUAGAAAACCAAAAUUUGAAGCUGAGUUGCAGAUUGCUUCAAUGUUCUUCCUUAAAGUUAUAUGUUUUAUCCAUUUAUCCUGGUUAAAGUUACUUUGUCCUUAUAUCCUGUUGUUUCUUUUAUAAAUAAUCGGAUUUUGCAG